AUGGUACAUGAAAUAAUCCAAACAAGUAUAAUUAGUUCAACUUUAAUAUUGUUAGGACUAAUUUUAGGAUUUGUAUUAUUGAAAAUUCAAGGUGAAUAG